GGAGUCUCGAGGGGCAGCUUUCUGUAUACAGACAUACCUGCAUCUGAGUGGCAGAUGGUGGUGGGGUGUUAAAUAUGGCAGAUAGAGACACCCUUUCCCAAGCAUGGAAGCCUGCUCAUUCUGUGGAUUAGGUUGGUCCCUGAAAGGGCUGAGGCUUAGAGGCCAGAUCUUCCAGCUCCCCAAGUUGGCCCUUCCGGGAGCUGCCUGGUCUGUAGUACAGGAAGGGGAAGGGGCCAAAGCGUGGGGGAAGGCGUGGCAGGAAGGAGGGAACUGUGGUCAGGGAACUGUUCGUGGGCACAGCUGCGCAGUUCUGUCAUAGCCUGCGAUCACCAGCUCCCAGCGCCGCAGCCCCCAGCGUGCCCAGGAUGAUCCCAGCCGUGAUCUUGUUCUUGCUCCUUUUGGUGGAACAAGCAGCUGCCCUGGGAGAGCCGCAGCUCUGCUAUAUCCUGGACGCCGUCCUGUUUUUGUAUGGUAUUGUCCUUACCCUGCUCUACUGUCGACUCAAGAUCCAGGUCCGAAAGGCAGCGAUAGCCGGCCGUGAGAAAGCAGAUGCUGUCUACACGGGCCUGAACACCCAGAACCAGGAGACAUAUGAGACUCUGAAGCAUGAGAAACCAUCUCAAUAAGCUUCAGAAUAGAUGCGCUUAGUUGCACUCUUUUUCUACUUCUAACUCUCUCCUAGCCCUUGUGGUUGGCAUCGCUUUGCUACCUCUGCACUUUGAAAGCUAGCUGACCUUAUUCCCACCAUGAUGCCAGGCUCUAAAUCACUGUACACUGGCAAGUCCUCGUCUCCGUUGAGGACUUACUCACUGACGUUUCUUUUCCUCCAUCCUCCUUUGCUUCAUUCCUCUUUCCUUCCCCAAAUCUCACCAGACAAUGGAAAAGGGAUGACCUCUCAAUAAAGCUGCCCGAGAUCUGACUCAA